AUGAGCGCAACAGGGUUACUGGCAAGUCCUCGGCUUCUCAAUCGAGCGCUACUCCCUGUUGUCUUGUUCGCCAUCGUCGUGAAUGCAGCAUGCGAAUGCGGCUUUCGAAUGAACGACACUCGCCACUAUUUCACGCAUAUCAUAUAUAGUAAUUUUAGUCAAUACUCGCCCGCGAAACGGCUCACGUCAAACCCCGAGUUCAAACGAAACUGGGCCAUUCAACAAUGGAGCAUGCCAUCGAUCAGCUGGGCCACUCCACUUCCCGUUCAAAACCUCCAGGAAAAUGUAUAUCUGGAAGACGGAACCAUGAUCCUUCGCCAAAUCGGAUAUCCCAAGGAGGGCGUUCUAGCUGGUCGAAAUGUUAGCAUCGCAUCGGUUGCGGGUCAGUCGGGCGAUCUUUUCCACGGAAGCUUUAGGACCGAAUUCAAACUCGAAGGAGCAGACGGGGGCAGCGUCGCCGCCUUUUUUUGGUAUCACGAUGAUCAAAACGAAAUAGACAUGGAGGUUUUAACUAGAGAGAUUAAGCCUCGCGAGAUAUUGAUCCAUUACACAACACAUCCAGCAGUGGACGAAUCGGGAAACCUCGUUAAGAAUGCCACAGCAGUUAUCCCGAUAAAGGGUAAUAAGCCAGGGAGUUGGUACCAGCGCCAUCGGUUUGACUGGAGUCAGAAGGAACUCAAAUUCUACUUUAACGAUACCAUGGUGCAUGCGAACGACAUCAGAAUGCCCAAUGUCCCGGGGCGAGCGCUUCUGAAUCUAUGGGCCGACGGGGGCAUUUGGAGCGGCGCCCCCAGCAUCACAGACGUAUUUAUGAAAGUGAAAUAUGUGGUUAUUUAUCACAACACCACAGCCAGCGACCACGGCAUGGAUAUGGAAUUCAAUGCUCGGUGCACCAGGGCUGGCGGACCAUCAAGCGAAACGAUAUGUCUUGACACAUUCAUUGAAGGUGGCGCAGUUGAUCCCUCGUCCACGGGCGCAAUAUUGAUGCCGUUGUCAUUUUGGGUAUUGUCCCUGCUUUGGCUGGUUUUAGGGAUUGUUUUCACGACGCUGUAA